AUGGACACCAUCAUUUCAGCUGAGAUUCCAGAUAAGGUUACUGACUUGCUAUAUUAUACAGCUGUUGAAGAAUUCAUGGUUCAUGGACCUUGCGGACACCACAAAACAAAUUCACCGUGUAUGGUAAAUGAUAAGUGCUCUAAACAUUUCCCCAAGAGAUUCCUUGAUUCAUCUCAGUUUGAUCAAGAUGGGUACCCGUUGUACCGUAGACGAAAUGACAAUAGAAUGGUGAAAAAGAGUGGAAUAGAGCUUGAUAACAGGUAUAUUGUACCUCAUAAUCGAUAUCUACUAUUGAAGUACAGAGCCCACAUUAAUGUGGAAUGGUGUAACCAAUCACGGUCAAUCAAGUAUUUGUUCAAGUACGUCAACAAAGGUAAUGACCGGGUUACAGCUGAGUUUUAUAAGACCACGACUGAUGACAUCGGUAAUGAAGUUGUAGAUGAAAUCAACAUGUACUACGAUUGCCGAUACAUUUCUGCUUGUGAGGCAACUUGGCGCUUACUUAGUUUUGAGGUACAGUAUCGCACACCACCUGUUGAGAGGCUAAGCUUUCACUUACCGGAUUGCCAAUCAGUUGUCUUUCAAGACGAUGAUAACAUUAAUCACGUUUUGAAUAGGGAGUCAGUUGCACAAAGUAUGUUCAAUGGAUGGUUCAUAGCAAACAAAAAGUACCCACAGGCGAAACAGUUAAGUUACAUAGAGAUGCCCACAAAAUUUGUUUGGAAAAAGGACAUCCGUGAAUGGCAUCCAAGAAAGAAGGGUUUCGCUAUCGGUCGAAUAUUCUAUGUUCCACCAGCAUCUGAUUUGUUUCUAACUGAAGAAGAGAAGAAGAACUUUGGACUAAUCGAGCUGGAGAAAUUGCUGGAACAACAGAAUAAAUCUUUACAAGACUACCACCCGAUGCCAAUCCCAGAAAUGGUUAACUCUACAUUGGUACGUAAUCGAUUGCUGUAUGAAGAAUUAUCAUAUGACCGUGAGUUUUUAAAGAAUGAGGCUGAAGAGUUGUGUGGUAAGUUGACGGAAGAACAAAGAUCGAUUUACAAUACUGUGCUAGAAGACGUUUCCAGUAAGCUGGGUGGUUUGUUUUUUGUUUAUGGUUACGGUGGUACUGGGAAAACGUUUAUGUGGCGAGCAUUGUCAUCUACAUUGCAUUCAAAGGGCCAGAUUGUUUUGAAUGUUGCGUCAAGUGGUAUAGCUUCGUUGUUGUUGCCUGGUGGACGAACUGCACACUCAAGGUUCGCAAUACCAAUAGCAAUAAACGAAGAUUCGACAUGUAACAUUAAACAAGGAAGCCAGUUAGUUGAUUUAUUGAUACAAACAAGUUUAAUAAUUUGGGAUGAAGCGCCGAUGAUGCACAAGUAUUGUUUUGAAGCACUAGACCGUACCAUGAGGGAUCUGUUGCGUUUUGUAGACCCGAACAGUUCCAACAAGACUUUUGGUGGCAAAACAGUAGUACUGGGUGGUGAUUUCCGUCAAAUACUACCCGUGGUCCCCAAAGGUACUAGGCAAGAUAUAGUAUGUGCUACUAUCAAUUCGUCAUACUUAUGGGAUAGUUGCAGGGUCAUGAAGCUAACACAAAAUUUGCGACUAAGUAAUGUUGAAAAUCACGACGAGCGUCGUAGCGCCAAACAAUUUGCAGAUUGGAUUGCAGCAAUAGGCGAUGGAAAGAUUGGUGGACAUAAUGAUGGUUAUGCUGAAGUAGAAAUACCUAGGGAUAUGUUACUACCUACCAAUGGUGACCAUAUUGCAACCAUUGUUCGGAGUACAUUUCCAAUGUUUGCAAAUGGUAACUCUAAUGCGAGUUAUCUUAAAGGCCGUGCUAUUCUAGCCCCUACACUAGAUGUAGUGAAUUCAGUUAAUGAGUAUAUGAGUAACCUGCAUACUGCUGAAAGUAGAACAUAUUUUAGUUGCGACACAAUAUGCAAAGCGGAUGCAGGUAGUGGAAUAAUCGGCGAUGUCCACACCCCUGAGUUUUUGAACGGUAUUAGAGCUUCAGGUAUUCCAAACCAUGCAUUGACUGUAAAAAUUGGUUCCCCAGUAAUGUUAUUAAGAAAUAUUGAUCACUCAGUUGGAUUGUGUAAUGGUACGCGGUUGGUGAUCACAAAGUUAGCAGACCGUGUAAUUGAAGCUGAAUUAAUAGAUGGUGCUAACAAAGGUGAAAAAGUGUUGAUACCUAGAAUGUCGAUGUCACCCUCAGACACAAGAUUACCAUUCAAGUUUCAACGACGACAAUUCCCACUAAUGUUAGCGUAUGCAAUGACUAUUAACAAAAGUCAAGGACAAACACUGUCACAUGUAGGUUUGCUUCUAAAAAAACCAGUUUUUGUUCAUGGUCAAUUGUACGUUGCUGCAUCUCGAGUUAACAACCCAAGUGGGCUCAAAAUAUUGGUUGCCAGUGACUCAAGGAAAACUGCUACAUCAACAACCAACGUGGUAUACCAUGAAAUCUUCAAUAAUUUGUAA